UAUUUGAACUCUCUUUUGCUUUUCUGUUGUCUGCAAAUUUUCAAGUUAAAGAACGGAAUAUGCUGCAUUUAACUCACAGUUUUCCUGUUUCCCUUGAAUUUCAACACACAACUCAAGUUCAUUCACUUUGCUUUUUAUCUCACUUCUUAGUUGUUGCUGCUACCCAAUUUGAUCUUUUCAUUUUUGUGUUGUAAAAGUAGUAAUUUUAGGUAGAUCUGAGGUAAUACUUGUGAUAUUAUUAAAUUCUAAAUCUGUCACUAAAGGCCCAAUUAGAGUUUUCCUUCUUAUAUUAAAAGCUACUCUGCAAUUUCACUUUACCUGACGUUUAAUUUGUUUGUAUUUACUAUUUAGUAACAUAUGAAAAAUGCAGUAACUAAUUGUUGAGGCUUAGAGUUAAAAGUUGCUGAAUUCAGUAAUUUGUUUCUGUAAAGUUUAUAAGAUGAUAUUGAGAAGAAGUAGUACUUGGGAUGUAUAUUAGCUUGUUAUCUGUGUAGAAUUCUGGUCAUUUUCUCAAAAUUUCACUACUUGAAAGGGACCACUCUUGAGUUUUAGACUGUAGAUUUGAUGGGAUUUAUUGCUUAACUACUUGAUAUUGAGUGUUCUGUUUAAUACUACUGUCUUGCUUAUCAGGCUUUGUUUAUAUUUUGGGUUAUUGUUCUUUUUGGUUUGCCAACUGUAUCUAGUUGGAUAAUUUUUUGGAAGUUUUGACUUGACUCUGUCAUCACUUCCCCUGGCAAAGUAGUCUUCAACAUAGUUGCUUUCACUAAUUAUUUAUAAUUACAUUCUCAAGCUGAUGCAGAUGCUUUCUGACAUUUUUGCAAUUCCAGCCUGCAGAUUCUCUAUUUCUUAAAAACCAAUAUUUAUCUGAAAUUAUCUUCUUCUUUUUUAUUUCUGGAACUUCUUGAGUUAGAGCAAUUGGUGGUCAAUCUAACAGUAAGCAGCUCAAAGAGAUCCAGAGGAUUUCAUACCUGUUGAUGUUGUUGAAAUUGUGGGAUAAUUGGGUUGGAGACGGGCAUUUGGUGAAUUCUGGUAUCCUGCUUUGGGAAAUAUGAAAUUUGGGACAAAGAAAGGAUGGAAAUCCUUAAUGCCCCUUCGUUUGAAAGGCAAAUCAGCCACCCGCUUCUCUUUAUUUCCAAAACCAAGGUCAUCUAGCUAUGCACCAGGUAGUGCACCGGUUUAUCUCAACGUGUAUGACCUGACACCCAUGAAUGGAUAUGUCUAUUGGGCUGGCCUUGGCAUCUUUCACUCCGGUGUGGAAGUUCAUGGUGUAGAAUAUGCAUUUGGAGCUCACGACUAUCCAACAAGUGGUGUUUUUGAAGUGGAACCUCGGCAGUGUCCAGGCUUCAAGUUCAGGAAGUCAAUAUUCAUAGGGACCACGUGCUUGGAUCCCAUUCAGGUCAGGGAGUUCAUGGAGCGACAUGCUGCAAGCUACCAUGGUGAUACGUAUCACUUGAUUGUCAAAAAUUGCAACCAUUUCUGCAGAGACAUGAGUUACAAGCUUACUGGGAAACCGAUUCCAAAAUGGGUAAAUCGGCUAGCAAAAAUAGGUUCGAUCUGCAACUGCAUUCUUCCGCAAUCGCUCAAGGUAUCUGCUGUGCAGCAUAAUCCCAACGGCCAACCAUAUGAUAGUGAAAGGAGAAAAUUAAGAAGUGCUUUCAGCUGCCUAUCGUCUAUCUCAACGAGACAAAAGCAGCUUUCUACUUCUUCAAUGUUUCUACAAUCACCCUUGAAAGGGUGUCUACCAUGGGAAUUGAAAAGGUCUCUAAAUGGGUCCUUAAAAGAAAGAUGAAAUAGUGUUUCACAGAAAUUCUGUUUGCAGAAGCUGUUUAGCAUCUAUGGAUAUUAUUAUGUCCAUUGGCUGAUGGAACCAUGAAAAUCGCUGGUUUUUGUACAUCAUGAUGAAGUCCCUGGUCUGCUGUGAAAACUGUUCAGAAGCUAAUUGAUUCUUCUUAGCAGGAGAAGGAACUCCCCGAUCAACGAUGUCAAGUAUCUUCUUCGGUGAUAUGUUUUGAGUCUAUCGAAGUUAUGGAUCCUUCUGUCCGUCGAACUAACAUGAUUGUAUAAAGUAUGACACGUCUGUAUGCGCCAGUGAAUUGUUUUUGUCAGCUUCAUGAUUCAUUGCUAUGUAAUUUUAUUCUGUAACAGUUGAUGGCUAAUGAUAUUUCAAGUGUGCAUCUGGAGAAGCUAAUAUUUGCAUUA